AUGGACUUGGCUCGUUACAGAGAGGUCACUCUUUUCGAAACGCUCUUCUCGGAGGAGCUCUUGGAGCCAUUGGAGGUAGGCAUGUUUGCCUACGACGCAGGCAGAUAUUUAAUACAAUCGAUGGGAAGGCCAUUUCACUAUCAUGGAAGGGAUUAUUAUUGGGAUGAACCUCGAAAUUACCGUGAAGAUCAGAUUAUAUGCUCAAUAUCGAUCGAUGAAUUGAAAAAUGUGAGGUAUAGCUGAGC